GCGGCCGCUUCCGGCCCCCCGUUCCUUGGUAACAAUGGAGCAGAAAAUGGCGGCCUGAGCGGGCAGGAGGCGGCGCGGCGGCGGAGCGGCACGGAAGGAGCGCGGACAGCCGGCACCCAGCCCCGAGCGGUGCGGGCAGCGGUGCACCCACAGCCGGGGGGGCGGCGGCGGGCGGCGGCGGCGGGCGGUACUCUUCUACUCAUCAAGAUGGAAAGCUCAGAUUCUAGUGAUAAAGGAAGUAUUGAUCAAUCAGAAGCCCAACGUCAGAGCCAGCUGGAUCGGUUAGAUCGAGAAGAAGCUUUCUAUCAAUUUGUGAACAACCUGAGUGAAGAGGACUACAGGCUUAUGAGAGAUAACAAUUUGCUAGGAACACCAGGUGAAAUUACUGAAGAAGAGUUGCUGAGAAGGCUACACCAAGUUAAAGAAGGUCCGCCACAGCAAAACAGUGAUGAGAAUAGAGGUGCAGAGUCCGCAGAAGAUGUUUCAAAUGGAGAUUCUAUAAUAGACUGGCUUAAUUCAGUCCGACAGACUGGAAAUACAACACGAAGUGGGCAGCGAGGAAACCAGUCCUGGAGAGCAGUGAGCCGGACUAACCCAAAUAGUGGCGACUUCAGAUUCAGUUUGGAAAUAAAUGUCAACCGUAAUAAUGGGAACACGAAUCCAGAAACUGAGAAUGAGCCAUCUGUAGAGCCUUCCAAUGGGGAGGAUUUGGAAAACAGCCAAAGUGACUCUGAAAUUCCAAGGUCUGAAUCACCGUCUGUAAGGCAGCCUGGAUCAGAAAGGAGCAGCGCGGAGGAGCUGACGGCUGAGGAGGCUUCCCCUCCUAGAGGGCAGAGGAGAGCCAGGAGUAGGAGUCCAGAACAGCGGCGGACGCGGGCUAGGACUGAUAGAAGUAGGUCACCUAUUAAUGCAGUGAGUGAGGCCCCUCGCAGGUCUCACCAUAACACAUCAUCUCAAACGCUCGAGCACUCCUCAGCGAGCGAGGCUGAGGGCAGCUCUAGAACCAGGCAGCACGUGACCUUAAGGCAGCACACGGUGGGGACUGAGGUGCCAAGUGAAAACGCAGUUCUGUUUUCCCCCCCUGAAACGAGGCCUGCUCCUCAAGCAGCAGGGUCUUCAGAAACCACCGGCACCAGCGAGUCCACGGCUCCUGGGCAGAGGCCUCCCACCAUAGUGCUUGACCUGCAGGUGAGAAGAGUUCGCCCGGGCGAGUACCGGCAGAGGGACAGCAUAGCCAACAGGACCCGCUCCCGCUCCCAGACCCCCAACAACACGGUCACCUACGAGAGCGAGCGCGGAGGAUUCCGGCGCACGUUCUCCCGCUCGGAGCGGGCCGGAGUGAGAACUUACGUCAGCACCAUUAGGAUUCCCAUCCGUAGGAUCUUAAACACGGGCCUGAGUGAGACCACGUCCGUGGCCAUCCAGACCAUGCUGAGGCAGAUCAUGACAGGCUUCGGGGAGCUCAGCUACUUCAUGUACAGCGAUAGCGAUGCAGAUCCCAGUGCGCCGGCUCCCAGUCAGAACGUGGAGACUUCUGAGGCGCAGAGCGGAGGCGGGGGCACCUCGGGCAGCGAGAAUGCAGAUGUCAGCUCAGGGGAGGUGUACGAGGGUGGGCACGAGGCUAGCUCGACAUCCGGUGCCAGGAGGGAAGGCCGCAAUAUGAGGGGAUCGGUCACUUUUGAAGAAAGCGGUUCUCUACCAUUCCUUAGCCUUGCACAAUUUUUCCUACUCAACGAAGAUGACGAUGACCAACCAAGAGGACUCACCAAAGAACAAAUUGACAACCUAGCCAUGAGGAAUUUUGGUGAGAGCGACGCUCUGAAAACCUGCAGCGUGUGCAUCACAGAGUACACGGAGGGCAACAAGCUCCGCAAGCUGCCGUGCUCGCAUGAGUACCACGUGCACUGCAUCGACCGCUGGCUGUCGGAGAACUCCACCUGCCCCAUCUGCCGCAGAGCAGUCUUAGCUUCUGGGAACAGGGAGAGCGUUGUCUAAAGGAGAGCUGAGUCGAUGGCCAGGCAGCUGGUGUGAUAGUGAUGGGCAAAGAAGUCACUUCCUUUAUGGCCACUUUUUGAGUGGUACCUCAAUGUAUAGUAAUGACUCGGAGUGAAUCUUCCCUCAUUGAAGCAUUUUCUCUGGAUUCAAGCAUUGGGAAUUGGAAAAUUUCUUUAAUUAGGUUUUUCGAGUUCUAGUUGGUUUGGGUGUUCAAUUUCACUUGUCCAAAGACAUCUCCCCACUUCAAAAUAUUUUUUUCUUUGUGAAGAGUAUUAAGUUCUUUCUCCUGUCUAGCCCUUGGCAUCCCAGUCCAAUAAACAGUUUGUCCUCAA